GAUACACAGGAGAAGGAAGCUACUUUAACCUCAUUACUAUCAGACGAAACAUGGAACAGAACCAGGACCUGGGACUACCUAAUGUGCAUUCAAAACCACAAAUGGAGUCCAGAGCUGAUCUUAAUGGGGAAGAUAUGGAAGAUGCUUCUAGUGGAACAAGUGAAAGCAAAGAGCAGCAAGGCAAGGGCAGUCCAAACCUGCUACUGAUGCUACAGGCAGCAGAGAGGAGGAGGACUCAGCAGCCCCGGGACAGAGAUGGGCUACAGGUAUCUGAAGUUGGGGCAAGAGGACAGCUUACUGAAGCUCUGAAGACUAAUAUGCAAAUACAGUUCACUGACCAGAAGCAAGAAUACAACAAACCUCCCACGAAGACUGUUCGGUCCAUGUCUCAGUCAUCUACAGAUAGCUUCACUUCAGUGCACAGUGACAGCUCUGAGGAUGAGUCUUCUCCCAGAGACAAGCAUCAGAAGUCCGCCAAAGGCCUGUCUGACUUCUGCAUCAAAAACAUCAAUCAGGCUGAUUUUGGACGCAAAGAAAUAGAAAUGGCAGAACAAGAAAUGCCAGCUCUGAUGAACCUGAGGAAAAGGGCAGGUGGGGAGAAACCACUGGCUGGAGCCAAAGUAGUGGGCUGCACGCACAUAACUGCACAGACAGCAGUGCUAAUUGAGACUCUGGCUGCAUUGGGGGCUCAGUGUCACUGGGCGGCCUGUAACAUCUUCUCAACUCAGAAUGCCGUGGCUGCUGCUCUGGUUAAAGCAGGCAUCUCAGUGUUUGCGUGGAGAGGAGAAUCAGAGGAUGAGUUCUGGUGGUGCAUUGACCAAUGUGUCGCCGCUGAGACCUGGCAGCCCAAUAUCAUCCUGGAUGACGGAGGUGACCUGACCCACUGGAUCUAUAACAAGUACCCAGACCUGUUUAAGAAGCUCAAAGGCGUUGUGGAGGAAAGUGUUACAGGCGUCUACCGGUUGUACCAGCUGUCAAAGGCAGGCAGAUUGUCUGUUCCUGCCAUGAAUGUCAAUGACUCUGUGACCAAGCAAAAGUUUGACAACCUCUACUUUUGCAAGGAGUCCAUACUGGAAGGACUGAAGCGAACCACUGACAUCAUGUUUGGAGGAAGACAUGUGUUGGUGUGCGGAUAUGGUGAGGUUGGAAAAGGCUGCUGUGCUGCCCUAAAAGCACUGGGUGCUGUAGUAUAUGUCACAGAAGUGGAUCCUAUCUGUGCCCUUCAGGCCUGUAUGGAUGGCUUCAGAGUAAUUAAAAUGAGUGACAUACUCAGACAGGUAGACGUGGUCAUCACCUGCACAGGCAAUAAAAAUGUUGUUAUGAGAGAACAUCUGGACAAAAUGAAGAGCGGCUGCAUAGUCUGCAACAUGGGACACUCCACCAGUGAGAUAGACAUGGCAGGUCUGCGGACUUCAGAUCUGAAGUGGGUGCAUGUGAGGCCUCAGGUGGAUCAUGUCAUCUGGCCUGAUGGCAAGAGAAUUGUCUUGCUGGCAGAGGGUCGCUUGCUGAAUCUGAGCUGCUCCACUGUGCCCUCAUUUGUCCUCUCCAUCACAGCUGCUACUCAGGCCAUGGCUCUCAUAGAGCUGUACAAUGCCCCAGAAGGACGAUACAAAAAGGAUGUCUACCUGCUGCCAAAGAAGAUGGAUGAAUACGUUGCCAACCUUCACCUGCCAUUAUUUGACGCACACCUCACAGAGCUGACAGAUGAUCAGGCCAAGUACAUGGGAUUCAGCAAGCAUGGACCCUUCAAACAUAAUCAUUACAGGUAUUGACUUUUUGAUCAUAAAGCUGAAGGACAGAAGACGUGCUGUUGUUGAUUUUAUGUUUGAGCACUGACGCCCUCUACAGUCUGAAGCUCACAGAGGACUGUGAGGCGACAGUUGAUUAGGCCUGAUUUCUCUGUGUAUGCACAGCUGUAUUCCUGUGUUUUAAGAGUUACUUUUCUAUCAGCUGAACAAUCCUAAAAUUAUAUUAACUGUUACAGGUUAUUAGAUGUUUGCACAUCUAAAAAAAAAUUAUUAUGUGGUCAAUUAUUCUAUUGCAUGGCACUGAACAGAAGUGGCCCUCCAAUCUCACUGUACAUCCUGUAUAAUGACA